AUGUUCCAAAGAUUCGAUACAAACGGAAAUCUGGAACUCAGCAACCAUGAAUACUCAAAUCUGCUGAAGACUUACGCCGAUGAUUUUCUAAAAACUUGGACGAAAGAGCAUCGAGAUGUGAAACAAAUGGCUUGGCAGAUGAAAGCAGCAAAGCCAUUUUCGUACAAGUUCUGCGACUUUGUGAAAAAUUACGUCGAGCAGUUUAUGCUCCAAGGAGAGACAAUUCAAUGCUCGAGUUUUGAGGAGUCCUUGAUGGAAAAGGGGUACUAUUCGACGGUCGAAAAGUGGAAGUGUUCGGACGAAGAGCAUCUGCUUGCCUCUGGAAAAUACCAAUUCCAGGCGAUCUGCGCUAUUGAAAAGUGUAAACCAGGUCUUGUCAUCUCUGGAAAACCAUCGAAAUGCCUGGCAACCGGGCAAUGGUCCGCUGGAGAAGCAUGUGUUCUGCCAACCUGUUCAGAAAUGGUGCCCGAUGCUUCAAAAGGACAACUUGGUUACAUUUGCCACGAUUCAGAAGAUAACCGCAUUGAUUUUAAAGGAGAAAAGGCCAUUGGCGACACCUGCAAAGUUGUUUGCAAGAUGGGAUUCCAGAACAAGUUCGCGAAGGGGAUGAAGUGUGGAGAUGACGGUGGAUGGAAAGGCAUGGCGCAGAAAUGCGAAGAAAUGUCAGAAGAAAUGAUGAGGACGGACAAAAACAGAACAAAUAAAGAGAUGCUUGAAUUGCUACUGAUUGGUCCCACUAAGUCACCAUACCGUCAACUGACAACGAAGAAGACCACAACCAAGAAAACAGCAACAAGUACUACCACAACAACUACGACAACAUCUUCAACGACAACAACAACGACUACUACAACAACAACCACCACAUCAACAACUUCGACAACGACAACUACAACAACGACAACAACUUCAACAACGACAACCACGACAGCUACGACUACUAGUACAACAACAACAACUACUACAACUACUUCGACAACAACUACGACAACACCGACGACAACAACGACGACAACAACUACUACUACAACAACUACGACAUCAACAACAACUACGACAUCAACAACAACAACAACAACAACUACAACAUCGACCACAACUACCAGCACAACGACUACAACAACCACAACAACAACGAAGUCAACAACCCCAGCACCAAAAGAAUGCUCUCCGAUAAAACUCCCAUUGAACGGGAAGGAGUUCUCGUGUGACUCAAGGUUUUCUCUGAAUAGAAAAUGCUCCUUAGUAUGUAAUGAAAAGUAUGAGCCAGUCGGCGAGCCCCAAUCGUGCUCACCAGACACGGGCGAAUGGAGUGGCAACGCUCAGCUGUGCAAAUUAACCGGCUGUGGUGAUUUACCGAGAAAAAUUGACGAAAUGACCAACGGUUACACUUGCACCGACUCUAAUCGUCUUAUUUCUCAAUGCCGGUUACGUUGCCGCGCAGGUUAUCGUCACAAUAAUGGAAAGCUUGCACAAUGCCGAAAAGACGGCACUUGGGAUUUAGGCACUCAGGAGUGCGAAAAGAUACCAGAGUGUCCUCUCAAUAUUGAAAUACAGGGCGAUGGAAUUACUUUCUGCAAUGGCAAUAAGCCGGGUUCUACUUGCGAUGUUGAUUGCCCGUUCGGAUUCGCUUUGGAAGGCGAUUCGACCCUGACGUGCUCUUCCGAGGGAAACUGGAUUGGGAAUGCAACAUGCAUCGAACCAUGGUGUGAUCCUCUUGAUGUUGAAAACGCGAAGAUUAACUGUCUUGAUGAUUACGCCCAGCUUGGUACCCGCUGUCGAGCCACUUGCGAUAGUGGAUAUCGCUUCCGAAACGACGUUAAAGCGAACCUUUAUACAUGCGGUGAAGAGCGUACUUGGGAGCCGCGACCGAGACCCUGCCAGCCCAUUUACUGUAAUUCAAAGGACCUUUAUUCUAUUUUAGAAGGGGAUUCAAACCUUCUGACUAAUUGCACAAAGGAAGAAGAAGUCAAUGAUGGAGGUAAGUGCGAAAUUUCUUGUUCAGGUGGGUCUCGACUCGAAGGACCUAAAGAGGUCACGUGUUCUGACGGAGCUUGGCUCGAGCUUGAUUUCAUGAAACCGAAGUGCUUGGCUCCAACUUGUCCAGAUCUUACAGAUCAAACAAAAAUCUCCAAAACCACGUGCGGAGCGCUAGACAAUGGGCGCGUCAAAAUCGGCGAACAGUGCGAAACAACCUGUAUUGACGGAUUUGAAGUAAUCGGCCCGUCAUCCGUUACGUGUAACGAAUUUGGUGAUUAUGAUGGCGAUUUGGGUCGUUGCCAGAAAGAAUCGAACAAAAAGUGUAAGGAGGCUGAGUUCUCGCCGAACGCGGACUUCUUAAGCGAUCCAACUUGUGUUGGAGAAAAGAACGGCGCCUGCGUCGCUUACCGUUUCCAAUGUCAGGAAGACGGGAAAAAGCGCCAGCUCUCCUUGCAAUGUUUAACGGAGAUAAAUAAUCGACUAACGGUGGAGGAUCUCUGCACCGUGCUCCAUCCCUACCGUGUUAUGCCACUGAGUAAAUCAAGCAAAACGAAAAAAGAGAAGCAAGAGUGGAAUCUAGAUUCUGUCUGGACAGCUGACAGUGACGACGAGCCAGAUUAUAUGUCCCCUCCCUUGCGAUCAAAAGCGCACAGUACUUUCUACGAAGAAGCCCUCGUCCGCAACUCAACAAUGGACCUCCGAGAGGCCGAUCCAACCCUCGCCAAUUUGGAGCUGAUUCAAGCGGUGAAAAAUGGCGAUCACAAAAGUGUAGCAAAAGCGUUGAGCAAAGACGCAGACCCAGAUAGUACGUCAGAAGAAAGCUCGGAUGUUUUCACCAUGUGCCAUAUUGCGGCAAAAGAUGGACACAGCAUUUCAUUGAGCACGUUGAUCAGCAACGGUGCGAAUUUUCGGGCGAAGACGUUACAUGGAUGGGAGCCCUUGCAUUUGGCUGCUUAUCAUGGCAAACAAGAUUGUAUCAGAAUUCUACUCACCGCAAACGCAGAUAUAGACGCCCUUAACAAAUAUGGCCAGACGCCGUUGAUGAUGGCCGUCGGAGAGGACCAUAAAGAUUGCGCUAGAAUAUUGCUCGAGCAUGGCGCCGACGAGACGAUAAAAACGAAGAAAGGAAAGAUUGCGCUCGAUCUUUGCAAAUCGAAGAAAAUGAAGAUGAUUCUGAAAUCCAAAGGUGACCCGGAGAGCCUCUCUGGAAAAGCGCAUCUGUCGUUUAUAAAGGAUCAAUUGGAGCAAAUCGGUGUGCAGCUUGAAACUGAAGGGAAUCGAUACAGUAAGCUCGAAGCAGAGAACAAUUCGCUCCGUAAAGAAUUGGAAAUGACUCGGCUUGAGCGGGACGCUGUCAACAAAAGUUUGAACGCCAUACUCGAGGAGCGUGAUACAAUUCAAAACGAAAAUCAGCGGCUGACGAGCGAGUGGAAUAAAGUAGCCAAGGAAGCGAAGCUCGAGGAGAACGUCAAUACUCUCAUUGAAGAACAUACAGUCGAGCGAGAAGCAAGUGCUAAGAAGCUUGCGAUGCUAUCAUCUAAUUUCCAACAAAUAAUGACUGAAGCCAGUACUGAGGGCGAGACGGACUCCGAUAAGCUGCGCAAGAUCCACGAAGACACUGAAAAACGAAAGCUGCGUCGAUCAAAUACUGUCAAUUCUCUUCAAAGCUCUGGGUCAAAAUCUUUUUCUUGA